AUGCAAGGAAACGCAACCGUCGAUGAGAUCGAAGGCAAAAUCGCCGCGGUCACACUCAACCCUACCAGACCGGCCUAUGUUCCGCCCCACAUGAGAAACUGUGGCCCUGCUCCCCCAUCCAACGCGCCCAACGUCCCAUCAGGCGGUUGGGUCACCCCCUCCAUGCACGCCCCCAAUCCGAACAACACCUGGACUCAGCCCCCAACCUACGCUUCGUCCCGCAAUGAGGGCUACUCCCGCGGAGGUGGAGCUGUUGGAGGAGGUCGUCGUCCUGAUGGCUAUGGUGAAUGGAAAAAUGGACAACAUGUCCCUGGUCCUGCCAACGCUCGAACAGAGAAGGAGUUGUUUGGCGACGCCGAAGAUCCCAGCAAGCAACACACUGGAAUCAACUUCGAUCGCUACGCCGAUAUUCCGGUCGAGGCCACAGGCAAUGGAGUACCCGAGCCAGUUCUCGAGUUUUCCAAUUCGCCCCUCGACCCCCAUCUACUCGCUAACAUCAAGCUGGCAAGAUACAAAACUCCAACCCCCGUUCAAAAAUACUCUGUGCCAAUCGUAGCCAAUGGCCGUGACUUGAUGGCUUGUGCCCAAACUGGUUCCGGGAAAACCGGUGGAUUCUUGUUCCCCAUCAUUUCCGCAGCUUUCUCCAAAGGUCCGCUCCCAACUCCCGGCAUGCAAGCUCAAAACUCCCGGGGUGGCUACGGCAAGCGCAAAGCAUUCCCCACCGCACUCAUCCUGGCCCCUACUCGUGAACUGGUCAGUCAAAUUCACGAUGAAGCCCGUAAAUUCACCUACCGCUCCUGGGUCCGUCCUGCGGUUGUUUAUGGUGGUGCCGACAUGGCCACUCAACUCCGACAAAUCGAGUCUGGCUGCGAUCUGCUCUCUGCCACCCCUGGUCGAUUGGUCGAUCUCAUUGAGCGUGGUCGAAUCAGCUUGAGCAACAUCCGAUUCUUGGUCUUGGACGAGGCCGAUCGCAUGUUGGACAUGGGAUUCGAACCUCAAAUCCGCCGAAUCGUCACUGGCGAAGACAUGCCUGGAGUUCAUGAGCGUCAGACUCUGAUGUUCAGCGCUACUUUCCCCCGUGACAUUCAAAUGCUGGCCAAGGAUUUCUUGAAAGACUACAUUUUCCUUUCUGUUGGACGAGUCGGUUCCACUAGUGAGAACAUCACCCAGAAGAUCGAAUAUGUUGAAGAUGCCGACAAGCGUAGUGUCCUCCUGGACGUACUCAGCUCUAUGCCAAAAGGUGGUUUAACGUUGGUCUUCGUGGAAACCAAAAGAAUGGCCGACAUGCUAGAAACCUUCUUGAUCCAAUCCAACUUUGCAGCCACUUCGAUCCAUGGUGAUCGAUCGCAGCGAGAACGAGAACGAGCUUUGGAGACCUUCCGAUCGAGCCGUACUCCUGUGAUGGUUGCCACAGCUGUUGCCGCACGAGGUCUUGACAUUCCGAAUGUCACUCACGUCGUCAACUAUGAUUUACCGAACGACAUUGAUGAUUAUGUUCAUCGUAUUGGUCGUACCGGUCGAGCUGGAAACACCGGAAUCUCAACCGCCUUCUUCAACCGCAAUAACAAGAAUAUUGUCAGGGAGCUCAUUGAUCUCCUUCGUGAGGCGAACCAAGAGAUACCCACCUGGCUCGAGACCGUCGGGCGCGAAGCUUCCUUUGGUGGUGGCGGCGGCGGUCGCGGUCGUGGUGGAGGUCGCGGUGGAGGUCGAGGUAGAUCUGGGAACCAAGAUUUCCGACGUGGCGGUGGUGGCGGCGGCGGCGGCGGUUAUGGCGGAAAUCCCUACAGCAAUGGAGGCGGCUAUUCCCAUGGCGGCCCGAUGGCCUAUGGCGGUCAACCAGGUGGUGGCCAAGGUGCCUACAUGUACGCUACUGGUGGCAACAACGGUGGUGGGGGCGGUGGAUCAUGGUGGUGA